CUUUUUCACUCGAGCUCUUUCCGACAUCCUGAAGUGAGGCUGUGCAUUGAAAAAUUUUUUGCUAUAUUCUCUGCAGUUCAAAGGAAGAACCAGCUGGCAAUAAUGGCGGCUUUCCACCUGCUAAUGUCUCAAGUUCGCAAUGCUUCUGAUGAUGAUUUUGUUCUUCACAUUGACAUAGUAGCAGCUCUCAACUUGAUAGUUGGUGCUACUCAGUUCAGGCUUCUGAGGCACGCUCCUGACAGAGAGCAAGGUUCUGUACAACCAACAUUCCUGCGGGAACUGCUUUGUUAUCAGAAAGAUCAUGCUGAUGAUGUUUGUGCGUCACUAUAUUGGCAGACAGCAGCUGCCCUAGAUCUGGACGAAUUCGAGGCUGCAGAGCUUCUUGAAGCGCAACGAACAGUCCAAAUCAUUCUUGACGAAGCGAGCUCCACUUCUUCUUUGAGAAGCAAAGUCAUUGGCGAUAUCCACAAAUUUAUGCGAAGCAUUGAAAACGCUUUCCACGUUAUCGCAGGUCGAGAUGCGGAGGAUGCUGAACGUGGUGACUGCAUCACUGAACUUCGUUCAAGAGGUCCUCUUGCAAAACGUGGACGGAGGCGAACGCCUAAGUCAAGUCACACCACUCCAAUUAAAUCCGCCCGCACAACAUCUUCAAGGAAGAAGGCAACCACAAGCAUAAAACGAUCAACACAAAAAGUUCUUGAGGGAGAUGGAACACCGUCACCACCUGCUGUUGUUGACUCUCUUGUGACUCCUAUUGCUCGGAGUCGUCCUCUGUUAUCGCGAUCUGCGAAACUCGCCGCCGCAAGCAAAACGCGACGUUGGUUAUUCGAAAAAGAAGACGAAUGA